CACAGGAAAAGUCAAGUGGAGUGAAGAUAGGGAAAGGCACAAAAAGGCAGCUAAGAAACAGUAACAGAGUAGCACAAUUCGCAGCAAGAACGCGCUUCUAGUUACUUUAUGCCAUAAAAUCAAUAAAACCCCUGCAAAAUUGGGUAGACAUUAUUUGCGACCGAAAUUGAGUUGGUUUUGUUCAUUAUGUUUUUGUAAGAGCCAAAAAAAGAAGUACAAUAUGUUGAAGAGCUUACCAAUAUCCUUUAUUCUGUUCAUUUCUGUCAUCCUCUUUCUACUCUUUCCAUCCCAAGUCUUUUCAGCUCAUCCCAAAUGCCAUUCCCAAGACAAGAAAGUCCUGCUAGAAAUCAAGGCAGCCCUGAAUAAUCCCUACCACUUGGCCUCAUGGAAUCCAGACGACGACGAUUGUUGUACCUGGUAUUGCUUGGAUUGCGACCUGGUUACCGGCCGUGUGAUUGCCCUCACAAUCUUCUCCGGGAACAUCUCUGGCCAAAUCCCACCGGCGGUUGGGGACCUUCCAUACCUUCAAAAUCUGGAAUUCAGAAAACUCACCAAUCUCACAGGCCAAAUCCCAUCCGCCAUUACCAAAUUAGUCAAUCUCAGGGAGCUCACUCUGAGCUAUACUAAUCUCUCCGGCCCAAUUCCUUCAUUCCUCAGCCAGCUCAAGAAUUUAACUUACUUGGAUUUGUCAUUCAACGACCUGACUGGUUCCAUUCCCCCUUCGCUCUCGGAGCUCCCCAACCUCGAUGCCAUUCACUUAGAUCGAAACCAGCUUACUGGAAGUAUCCCGGAUUCCUUCGGGUACUGGACCGGCAAAACCCCUGAAAUUUUUCUCUCCCACAAUAAUCUCACCGGCGCUGUUCCUGCGUCAUUCGGCCGUUUCCAAUCCAUGAUUGAUUUGUCAAGGAACAAACUCGAAGGAGAUCCAUCGUUCCUGUUUGGCAAGAACAGGACAUCUUGGUAUGUCGAUCUGUCGAGAAACUUGUUCGAGUUCGAUGUUUCGAAGAUUGAAUUUUCGGACAACCUGACGCACUUGGACUUGAAUCAUAACAGGAUCUUUGGGAGUCUUCCAAAGGGGUUGACUCAAUUGAACCUGGAAUUCUACAAUGUGAGUUACAACAGGCUGUGUGGCCAGAUUCCACAAGGUGGGGAAUUGCAGAGCUUCGAUCUGUAUUCAUAUUUCCAUAACCGGUGCUUGUGCGGUGCUCCUCUUCCUCCCUGCAACUGAUUUAUUGACAAAUUCAUAAAUAGCUGCAGUUCUUGAUGGUCUAGAACCUUCCGGAAAUGCUGUUUCGUUUCUAUGUUGAUAAUAAAGUAAAAAUUUUCUGUGUAAAUAUGAAUAAAAUCGGGCAAUGUUUUUCUAUUUUCUCCUUAGCUCUCAUCGGCUUCGGUUUAUUCUUCCGUACUCAGUUAUCAAAAGUUAUAUUUAGUGGUUAUUCAGUUAAAACUCGCAACCAAAGGGGAUGGAGAAAAAACAAAUGGAAAAACAGAUACAGAGUGGGCGAAUCAAUUAUACAUAUUUUUAAACUAGG